AUGGCAGUGGGCAAGAAUAAGUGCCUCACCAAAGGCAGCAAAAAAAAAGCCAAGAAAGUGGUUGAUCCAUUUUCAAAGGAUUGGUAUGAUGUCAAAGCACCAGCUGUGUUCAACAUUCGCAAUAUUGGCAAGACACUGGUUACAAGGACUCAAGGAACAAAAAUUGCCUCUAAUGGUCUAAAGGGUCGAGUUUUUGAAGUGAGCCUUGCUGAUCUGCAGAAUGAUGAGGUUGCUUUUCAUAAGUUCAAGUUAAUCACUGAAGAUGUUCAGGGUAAAAAUUGUCUGACUAAUUUCCACAGAAUGGAUCUUAUCCGGGACAAGAUGUGCUCCAUGGUCAAAAAAUGGCAGACCAUGAUUGAAACCCAUGUUGAUGUCAAAACUACCAAUGGCUAUUUGCUCCACCUCUUUUGUCUUGGUUUUACCAAAAAGUGCAGCAACCAGAUCCAUCACCAACAGAUCUGUCAAAUUUGUAAGAAAAUGAUGGAAAUCAUGACCCGGGAGGUACAGACAAAUGACUUGAAAGAAAUUGUCAAUAAACUAGUUCCAGACAGCAUUGGAAAAGACAUAGAAAAGGCUUGCCAGUCCAUUUACCCUCUCCAUGAUGUAUUUUUUCGAAAAGUCAAGAUGCCCAAGAAGCCCAAAUUUGAAUUGGGAAAGCUAAUGGAACUGCAUGGUGAAGGUGGUGGCUCUGGAAAACCUUCAGAAGAUGAAACAGGCACAAAAGUAGAAAGGGCUGAUGGCCUGUCUAAAAUAAAUUUUAAAGGCUGA